GCUCGGCGAGCAGCUGGUUCACUGGGUGCAAGCCCGGGGGUCCAAAGGGGCGGGACGAGCACACCCCGGGUUUUCCAGCUUUGCUGCCUGCAGGCUGCAAAAAAGAAAAGCAAGUGGCUUUUGGCGCGAAAGCCUUGGCGCCUCCCCUGAUUUUUAUGGAAAUCAAGAGGGCGGGGUAAAGCGCUUUCCUCUGCUUUUCCCCCUCCCCCUUGUCUGCGCCACAGCCCCCUUCUCUCCCCGCCCCCCGGGUGUGUCAGAUUUUUCAGUUAAUAAUAUCCCCCGAGCUUCAAAGCGCAGCCAGUGACAGUCAUCUGUCUGGACGCGCUGGGUGGAUGCGGGGGGCUCCUGGGAACUGGGUUGAAGCCGAGCGAGCGCUAGCCAGGCGCGAGGGCGCACAGAUUGUAGCCUUCCGAGGACACCCCCCAUCCGCAGUCCACCCGGAGACCCCAGCGCCGGCCGAGUCGCCUGCAGAUCCCCGGCAGUCCUCAGGAGCGUUGGAGGUUGGUGCGGCCCUCUGCGCCCCCACGGGAAGGAAGCACACCCCUAUAUUAAAACGAGCGGAGAGGAAAGAAGCGGUCAAUCGCAGGCCGGGAGGAGAACCAAUGCCCAGCUGCACUGCGUCCACCAUGCCCGGGAUGAUGUGCAAGAACCCAGACCUCGAGUUUGACUCUCUGCAACCCUGCUUCUACCCGGACGAAGACGACUUCUACUUCGGCGGUCCCGAUUCGACCCCCCCGGGGGAGGACAUCUGGAAGAAGUUUGAGCUGCUACCCACGCCCCCGUUGUCGCCCAGCCGCGCCUUCCCGGAGCACAGCCCGGAGCCCUCGAACUGGGCCACCGAGAUGCUACUGCCCGAGGCCGACCUGUGGGGCAACCCAGCCGAGGAGGAUGCGUUCGGUCUGGGGGGACUGGGCGGCCUCACCCCCAACCCGGUCAUCCUCCAGGACUGCAUGUGGAGCGGUUUCUCCGCCCGCGAGAAGCUGGAACGCGCCGUUAGCGAGAAGCUGCAGCACGGCCGCGGGUCUCCGGCCACCAGCCCCGCUGCCCCUGCCCCCGGAGCGGGCGCCGCCAACCCUGCUGGCCGCGCUCACGGCGGAACCGCGAGUGCCGGCCGCGCCGGGACCACCUUGCCGGCGGAGCUCGCCCACCCGGCCGCCGAGUGCGUGGAUCCCGCGGUGGUCUUCCCCUUCCCGGUGAACAAGCGCGAGCCGGCGCCCGUGCCCGCCACUCCCACCAGUACCCCCGCAGCAAGCGCUGUGGUCGCCAGUGUCGCAGCCCCGGCCGCCGCUCCGCUAGCAGCCCCUCCGCGCGCAAGUGGACGCCCGGCCGGCAGUGGUGACCACAAGGCCCUCAGCACCUCUGGAGAGGACACCCUGAGCGACUCAGAUGACGAGGACGAGGAGGAAGAAGAUGAAGAAGAAGAAAUCGAUGUGGUCACCGUGGAGAAGAGGAGGUCCUCCUCCAACAACAAGGCGGUCACCACGUUCACCAUCACGGUGCGCCCCAAGAACGUGGCGGCGGCGGCUGCACUGGGCCUGCGCGCGCCGCCGGCCAGCGAGCUGAUCCUCAAGCGCUGCGUCCCCAUCCACCAGCAGCACAACUACGCCGCGCCUUCUCCCUAUGUGGAGAGCGAGGAUGCGCCGCCCCAGAAGAAGAUCAAGAGCGAGGCGUCCCCCAGGCCCCUCAAGAGCGUCGUCCCCUCCAAGACCAAGAGCCUGAGCCCCCGAAACUCAGACUCGGAGGACAGCGAGCGACGCCGCAACCACAACAUCCUGGAGCGCCAGCGCCGCAACGACCUGCGCUCCAGCUUCCUGACGCUCAGGGACCAUGUGCCCGAGCUGGUGAAGAACGAGAAGGCCGCCAAGGUGGUCAUCUUGAAAAAGGCCACCGAGUAUGUCCACGCCCUGCAGGCCAGCGAGCACCAGCUCCUGCUGGAAAAGGAGAAACUGCAGGCAAGGCAGCAGCAGUUGCUAAAGAAAAUCGAACACGCUCGGACUUGCUAAAACAUUUUUCAAAUGGACAGUCACUGCCACUUUGCACAUUUUGAUUUCUUUUUUAAAACAUUGUUGUUGACAUUAAGAAUGUUGGUUUACUUUCAAAAUCUCGGUCCCCUGUCGAGUUUGGAUCUGGGUAGGGGGCAGAACGCGGGGUUCUUCUGCCAGGACCUUUUGUAGAGCCUGGAUUUGGGAUGCUGGGUGGCUUGUUUCUCCACCUCACCUCAGUGACAGCCAUGAAAGUUCAAGGACAGUUAGGAGCCUGGGGAAGGCUGUCAAGUCACCUUGUUCUGUCCAAGUUUCCAAACAGUCAUUCCUUCUUUUACAAUGGUGCUUAAGUUCCAGCAGAUGCCACGGAAAGGGGUGCCACUUAAGGCCCCUGGGGAACAGUUCUGUAAAUACCAUUGAUACACACCCGCCUUUUGUAUACGUCCUGGGUAAUGAGAGGUGGCUUUUGCGGCCAGUAUUAGACUGGAAGUUCACACCUAAGUACUGUAAUAAUACCUCAAUGUUUGAGGAGCAUGUUUUGUAUACAAAUAUAUUGUUAAUCUCUGUUAUGUACUGUACUAAUUCUUACACUGCCUGUAUACUUUAGUAUGAUACUGAUACAUAACUACAUUUGAUACUUAUAUUUUCGUAUGAAAAUGAGUUGUGAAAGUUUUGAGUAGAUAUUACUUUAUCACUUUUUGAACUAAGAAACUUUUGUAAAGAAAUUUACUAUAUAUAUAUUCCUUUUUCCUAGCCUGUUUCUUCCUGUUAAUGUAUUUGUUCAUGUUUGGUGCAUAGAACUGGGUAAAUGCAAAGUUCUGUGUUUAAUUUCUUCAAAAUGUAUAUAUUUAGUGCUGCAUCUUAUAGCACUUUGAAAUACCUCAUGUUUAUGAAAAUAAAUAGCAAUUAAAUGA